UGUAGCAGACCAACUAAGAAGCAGGGAAGCAGGCGACAAUGGAAGCAGAGGGGCGUUAGUAGUCGUAAAUUUAGGUGAUGCUGGACCGUUGCCGUAGAAGGCGGAGUUUGGGACUAGCAGUCUAGUAGGGCUUGAUGCUGUCGUUGGUAUUUAUCUAGACUUUGCAGCAGCGAGCGGGAAGUGAGAGCCAGAAACCAGUAGACCUUCGCUUUCCCCGCAUGAGGAUCUCAUUGAUGCGUGUCUGACACGUCUCGCAGACAGAACCAUGACCACAUCGCUGACGUGUCCGUCUCUUUGCCAAUCUUUCGUAGCGUCUCGUGCGACUAGCUCGCCAGGGCUCGAUUGUUCGCCUGGUAGGCCGAUCUGUCGCACAGGCUUUCUCCGGGAGAACCGUGCGAAUGUGACUCUAUCGAGCGUUCCACUAGGAUUGGCGAUGCCUUUCAAUGGCGCUCCAGAGUUAGUAGCCCCAGCGAGCAGGAGGAUUCAGACACCAGGAAGGUGGGCUCCAGUCCCCGUUAUAGCAGCCGCGGCUUCGGAUUCAGGAGAAUCUUCUAACGAGCCUCCAUAUGCCGUCGUACGUAACGGCCGGUUGUUAAAAGGAGGAGAAGGAAACGCGAGCGGGUGUGAGGAGCCUAUUUCAUUUCCCUCAGGGCCUCGAGCGUUUUUAGAAACCAUGCCGAAAGGCGCCUACACCACUACUCGCACUUUCAAUAGUGGCUCUCACAUUUUCUUGUGGGACUUCCACCUCAAUAGAGUCACCCAGUCGCUGCUGCUGCUCGCCGAAGCUCACCCGGAGCUGUUUCCGAACCUGCCACCAAGCCUGCUGACGGACCUGCUGUCAACCAUUUACGAGGCACAGGGGGAAGAGGUCCGGCACGAGGAGGGCCAGGAAAAUGAGACUCAGAUGCGAGAUACGAGGAGGGCUCGAAACAUGGUUGCUGGCUUGCAGAAGGAGAUAAGAGAUUCCGUGCUUGUGGCUGUGCGGGCGAUGGUGGAGUGUGAUUGGUGGAGGAGGGAAGCGGAGGGAGAACAGAAAGAGGAGCAGCAGCAGCAGCAGCAGCAGGUGGAGGUUUGCCUGAUGAUUCUCCUGUGCGGCCAAGGAGCUGCAGGUGGAGCCGUGUCAGGCGAACCUGCUGCAUCUGGAGCCGUGACCUGUGAACCGGCUGCAUCUGCAGGGACGGCAGGCACGGCUAUAGCCACCCCUCUGUUGCAGGGCGUUGAGGUCUACGUGCAUGCAAGCACUGUCCGCACCACCCCCUUGGCGUCCCUCGCCCUGCCGCCACCCAUCUGUGCUGCUGUCAUGGGGCCUGGCCGCCACACCCCACUCGCUAAGUUCUCCUCCUGGCCCCUUCUGCAGCGUCCGCCGGGCAUUGGAGACAGCCAAGCCAGCGGAGGCAAGGGAUGUGAUCCUAUCAACCGACGGUAAUGCACUCCUCGAAGGCAUCACCACGAACCUCUUUAUUGUGGCCCGGACCGAACCUGCGAGUGGCAGUGACACAAGCCAUGGCCCUCCUUGGCGCGGAUACGAGCUCCAAACAGCGUCAUUGGAGAGUGGAAUCCUCCCAGGAAGCAUCCGUCAAGCGAUCAUCGAUGCGUGCGGGGAGAGGGGCAUCCCCAUACGCAUCCAAGCCCCGCAGUGGAGUGAGCGUGCCACUUGGGUAGAGGCUUUUGUUACAAACGCCUUGAGUAUCGUCCAGCCUGUCAGCAGCAUGCUCAUGCCUGCCACGUGGCCUUCUGACAUCGGCUAUGACAGCUGGCAGUCUGUGGACAAGUGGUUGACAUGGCAGGCUCCUACCCUAGAGGAAAAUUAUGGAUCUCGUUCAACAUUCCUUUUGGAACAUGUUAUUGGGCACAUGACUUUUCGAAGUGCAGAACUUCAAGACUUGUUAACAACUGAUGAUUAAUUCUUCCAAAUGUAACAUUAUAUGCUCUCGAUCUCUUCACUUGCGACUAAAACAAAUGAAGCAGUUGCCUGGUUCUGAGUGGGGUCGUCUUCCUGCAGAAGUGUGCGACAUCCGCGUUACAAUUCACAUCAUCAGUGCCGCCGCCAGGCCACCGCAAUAUGGACCACCCUUCUUCCAACAACCUUUCUGGUCAAUAACACUUAUAAAACGUCUCAUCUUUAGGCUUCUGUAGCUGACCGUCAUUCCCUCUCCGUCACGGUACGGGCUUUCACUUCUGACAGAUCUGCGAUCUUUCGAGGCGAUGGUUUCGCAGCUUCGGUCGGCGCGCUGUAACGACACGGAAACCGCCGUCGCUAACGCUGUCGCAGAACCCGUCGCAGGCGAUGAUUCAGAUCGGGCGACCAGCCCGUUAAAAAUGAACGGCCGGUGUGAUUUUCCUGCCGGAAUCUGUCAAAAUUCUGAAACAGAUUUGAUGUCAGUUGCUGACGUGGCUGAUCUCCUGUCGCCGCGAGGUGACCCGUCUGCCGAUCCGCGGCAUCGCCAUUUUCAGAAUAGCGGAUUAGUAGCCGACGUAACGAGUUCAUUAGGCGAAUUAGGGUUUGAACUUAGAGAACAGCUGGUAGAGACGCCGCAGCCAAAACAGGAGGAGAAGCAACGGCAGCAGAAGAAUCGACCGGAAAAUCGACAGCGCAAGCCGAAUCAGCCGCAUCAGCCGCAUCCACAGCAGCAGCAGCCGCAUCCGCAGCAGCCGCAUCCGCAGCAGCCGCAUCCGCAGCAGCAGCAGCAGCAGCAGCAGCAGCAGCAGCAGGAGCGGAGGGGUCUCUGCGUGGAGUGCCACAAGACGAAGAGCGUGUGCAUCUGCGACCGCGUAGACGCGUCUCAUUCUGAGUCGCCUCAAAGGCCACAGCGGCAGCGGAAAGGUCAGAAGCAGCCGCUACAGUUGCAGGAGCAAAGAGGGAGCCGAGCGUUCUGCGUGGAGUGCCACAAGGCGAAGAGCGUGUGCAUCUGCGACCGCUUCGGCGAUCCCGUUGACAACCGCGUGGGCGUCACCAUCCUGCAGCACCCCAAGGAGAAGUACCACCCCCUGGGCUCGGCGCGCAUUGCCCUGCUGGGGAUGCAGCGCGUGCGCGUGAUGGUGGUGCCGCUGGGGCGCGGGCGGUUCGCCAUGCAGCCCAAGGACCCCUGCUCCCGCCGCACGCUCCUGGGGCGCUCGGGCAAGGGGCGCUGGCGCAGGGGCGCGGGGAAAACGCAGGGGCAAGGGGGGAAAGAUGGGGAAGGGGAAGGGCGAGGUGAAGGGCAAGGGGGGAAGCAGGGGGAAGGGGACGGGCAAGAGAAAGGGCAAUGGGGGAGCCAGGGGGAAGGGGAAGGGCAAGGGGAAAGGGAGCACGGAGAAGGUCAGGGAAAAGGGUACGGGGAGGAGGAAAGGCAGGGGCGAGGGGAAAAGCAGGCGCAGGGGGAGGGUCAAGUGGGGGAGGGGCAAGAGGCGGAGGGAGCUUAUGAAGGGGAUGGGGAGCCAAUCACGAGCGAAGAAGGAGCUGUAUCGGCUGUUACUGCGGAUGGUGAAGGGGUUGAGAGGGGUGACGUGAGAAAGGGUGAGAGAUGUUUAGAGAACAGAGUAGAGGGGGGAGGGGGCAGGGAUGUAGCAGCGGAUGGGCUAGUUGCGGGAGAGGAGGGAGGAAAUGGGGAGACAGGGGAUGGGGCGCUGAUGGGUGAUCUUAGCUUCGACCUCCUGCCGUUUGCUGCUGCUGAUUGUGAGGGUGCUUUUGGUGAGGGUGCUUCUGGUGAGGGUGCUUUUGGUGCUGACGAUGGUGCUGAUGGUAGCAGAGAAAUUGAUGCUGGUGGUAUGCGCUAUGAGGGGGUGACAAGGGGGGUGGUCGGCACUGCUUGUGGUGACGGUUGCAGCAUCAGCAGCAGCUGCAGUUGCAGCAUCAAGAGCAAGAGUAAAAGGAGCAGCAGCAGGUGGCGUGUUGUUUCGGAGGAUUAUGCAAGUCAGGAGGACUGCGGCUUGCGAGAGCAAAGAGCAUGCACCAGUUCCUCCCAUGGCCUAAGCAUACUUGGCACAUGGUCUGUCGGCAAGAACAGCAGCACCGCCAGUUGUCCCAGCACCCACACAAGUCGUGCGAUUCUUGAAGAUCGAACGCUCACCACAAGCACCGCUACCAACAGCAGCGUCAGGAGCAGCAGCAUUGGCAGUAGCAGUGAUAGUAGCAGGGGCGAUGGCAGCACACAGGUUUCAAGUGAAGGGCCAGUGGAGGUCCCAGAGUGGAUUGAUUUGCCGCCUGGUGCUGCUCUACUGUACCCCUCUCCCAGAUCCAUUGAGCUGACGCCGCCUCAACCUUGUCAUGAUGCCCAACCAUCCACAUCUACAGCGUCCACUGGUAGCGAGCCAUCUGAACCGUUGAGACCAUCUCAUUUGAUCGUGCUGGAUGGCACAUGGCCCAAGGCGAAGAGGAUUCUGUGCCAGCAUCCCUGGCUGCAGCAGCUGCCGCACUACCACUUGCCGCCGCAGGCUGCUGCGUCCUCACGAUAUGGCUUCAUUCGAAAACAACCAAAGUUCGGUUGCUUGUCCACAGUUGAAGCUGUGGUGUAUGCGUUGCAGAUUCUUGAACCAGAUAAUAGUAGAAAGCUGGAUCAACUGCUAGAAGUCUUCGAUUCCAUGGUGGUCGAUCAGGUGGAGGGAAUGCGGCGUAAUGGAAAAGCCUCACUGAUUCCGGAUGAUUGGAGCCCUCCGGAGACAAUGAUAGGGGCGAAGAUGUAACCAAUGGUUGUUUAUAUGCUUUGAGCGGAUGAAAUAUGGUGUCGAAUAUGGUUGCGAAUCCUGAUGAAGACUACUUUCCACGGUGUCGCCGACCCAACUGUGGCAACCAUCCAGGAUAUCAGGGCGUGCGACACUGUGCGAUAAAUGUCCGUGCGAAUUCUAGGAUUUGUGGAGCUACGGUUUCCUUCCUUGCCGUGAGCCCCAAGGUGAUUGGUCC